UCACAGUCAUGAUUGAAGGGUGACUGCAAAGUGAAGAACUUCCAAGUAGACAUAGUUACAUUGGUUAGUUGGACGCGCUUGUACGUGGAGGACAUCUGCCUUAACUGCCAUCAUGAAUCUUUUGGCGUUCGUUAAACUUGGCUAUGCCAUGACGAUUGGUACUCUUCUUCUGAUGUUCUGGGCUUCGAUGGUCAGAAUGCACGAGUUGCCAGUGCAAUAUCCUCCGUGCUUCUUCAACCCGCUCUGUACUUGUUCAAAAGCAAUUCCAGAUCUUGGAAUCGUUAAUUGCGAAAAUGUACCGAUGCCCAGAAUUCCACAACAAAUCAAUUCAUCUAAAGUUUUUAUUCUAAAAUUGGGUAACAACGGAUUGCGUCAUAUUCAGCCUCAAUUUCUCGUUACUACAGGGCUGUACAAUCUUCAAAUAAGAAAUAAUCCCCUAUCCGAUAUACCAGAUGAGGCGUUUCUAGGGCUUGAACGAUCGUUAUGGGAGCUAGAGUUACCGUAUAAUCAGCUUGUCGCAGUACCCAGCAAAUCAUUUAGGCAUCUUCAAAAAUUAAAAAUUCUCGACUUGACAGGUAAUCAGAUAUCAUCAAUUGCGGCAGACAAUUGGCGAGGACUCGAAAACUCUUUACAAACAUUGCGACUUGGAAAGAACACGAUUGAUAAACUCCCUGCCGAUGCUUUCUCUGGUCUAAAAUUUCUCGAAACAUUAGACUUGAGAGAGAAUAAUUUGCUGGAGAUUGACUCAUCUGUCUUUAGAGAUGGAAUGGCACAUUUGUCUUAUCUCUAUUUGAGUGGAAAUCAGUUGACGAUGAUACCAUACAGUCAGAUAUCGCCUUUGAAACAUAUGAAAAUACUAGAUUUAAGUUAUAAUCAGAUUCAAAUGAUGAUUCAACCGCAAACUGAACCAGAAAUUAAAGGAUUACAAAUCUCGUUGGAUACACUGAGACUCGAUUGGAAUCAGAUUGAGACUCUACCAGUUGCUUCUUUCCAGCAUUUCUUCAAGAUCAAUAAAACCUAUUUGAAUGGAAAUCCUAUUGCACAUGUGGAGGAGGGUGCAUUCCAAAAUUCCAAAAUCCGAGAGCUCUAUUUUACGGAUUGUGAUAUCAGGGAAAUCGAUUCAUCAUCAUUGAGGGGUUUGGAAUCAUCGCUAGAACAUCUGGACUUAUCUGGCAAUAAUAUAACAGAUUUUCCAAACCAUGUUUUUCAAGAAUUUGAUUUUUUGAGAACUCUAAUUUUUAAAGAGAACAAGAUUACAACGUUCUCUCCACAAGAGGUAUUCACCGGUUUUCAAUACUCACUCUAUAACUUGGAACUAAGUGGAAAACAAAAUGCUGCAGUAUCCCUCCAAGAUCUUCGUCAGAUGCGAAAUUUGCGAUUCCUAUCAAUAUCUAAAAUGCCCCAAACCACUCUAUCUCCCGAUGACUUUCUAGAAUUCGGAAUUGAUGUCAAGGAAUUGCACAUAAUUCAGAGCAAUCUCAACACCAUCAAGGGUCACACCUUUACCCACGUGCGGGGAAUAAAAUACUUGGACUUCUCUGAAAAUGAGAUUUCCUCAAUUGAAGAGACUGCCUUCUCUGAGGUGGGGCAUUCACUAAUUACUCUCAAGCUUGCUCAUGCAUUGUCCAUGACCGAAGUGCCAGCGAAAGCAUUUUCAGCACUUACAAAUCUUCAGUACCUCGAUUUGAGUAAUAAUCAGCUUCGCUCCAUGCCUGAAAACUCAUUCCAUUUUUUGAAGAGAAUCAAACGAAUAGAAAUCCAAGAUAAUGAAAUUUCGGAAAUUAAGAAAGGAACAUUCCAGGGGGACAUUCACUCCACACUGGAAGAAAUAAAUUUUGGUUACAAUCAAAUUUCAAACCUCCAAACCCAUACAUUCGUCGAUCUAGCAGCGAUGACAAUUCUCAAUCUCCAGGAUAACAAAAUAGAAAAGAUCGAGAGACGUACAUUUAUGAACAUGAAUCGUCUCAAGUAUCUGAAUCUCAGAGGGAACAAAAUGAAAAUUAUCAACGACGAAGCCUUUCAGAAUCUUCCAGACUUGGAAUUCCUCGACAUGGCUUACAAUCAACUCGCUGAAUUUCAUUUUGAAUGGUUCGAUCAAGUUGGAACUCUUGCAGCACUCAAAGUAAAUGCCAGUCACAAUGUGAUGACACGAUUAAAAAUUAAUUCCUCGAGUUAUCUUCCGGCAACUAACACUUAUUUCUCUGCUGGCGGAACUCUGCAAUCGAAUAUUAAGGUUUUAGAGCUCAGUUGGAACAACAUCAGUGACAUUAUGAAAUUCUACUUCCGUCCCGUUGAGUAUUCAUUAACUCAUUUGUAUAUGUCACACAACGAGCUGAUGAACAUGACUCAAGCUGUUUUCGGAUCCCUUCCGCAUCUCCAAUGGUUGGAUCUUCGUUACAAUGAAAUCAUGGAAAUUGAGUUUGAUUGUUUCAGAAAUACCAAGAACAUUCAAGUGCUUCUACUGGCCCAUAACGACAUCAUCGAUAUCCCUGCAGAUGUCCUAAGGACGCUCAAGAAACUUCGGAUUUUAGACCUCUCUCAUAACAGACUGAGAACACUUCCAGAUAAUGUUUUCACUGAACCUAAUCUUGAAAGUCUCGAUUUGUCGCAUAAUCAGUUCAUGAGGCUGCCAAUAAAAUCACUUUCUGGGCCUGCUGCAGGGUCGCUCUCAGUUUUUGAUAUGGGAUGGAAUUUACUCUCGGGAAUCCAUACGACUGAUUCAAUCUCUAGGCUUCGGGGACUUAACCGUUUGGACAUCUCGUAUAAUCGCCUAGUGCGUUUGGAUGACGGUGUUUUCUCUGAACUCCCCCAUUUGACUGAUUUGGAUUUGAGCCAUAACAAGCAACUUCUCCUGGACAGCCGAGGUCGUACUUUCUAUGGAUUAGAAGAUUCCCUCCUGAGCCUUGGUCUCAGUAACAUUUCCUUACUGAGUGUUCCCGAGCUGCCCUUCCACCGGCUUCGAAUACUGCACCUAGCCAACAAUGAGCUCGCUUCAAUUCCUGCCGAGCUCGCUUCCAACCUCUCUUCCCUUCAUCACCUCGACCUAAGCCACAACGAUCUCACGGUCGUUCCUCUAAUCACCCAUACACUCUCAGAGCUACGCACUUUUAAUCUCGGCUAUAAUCCAAUUACUGCCGUCACCAACACGAGCUUUCUCGGUCCAGCAGACAGUCUCAUUGAGCUUGAUAUCCGAAGACUUCCUCUUUGGAGUUUCGAGAGUGGCGCCCUUUGUAAAGCAUCCAAACUUCGUUUCCUCCAUCUCACUGCCUACACUGCUAUAAAAAACUUCAAUUUUCCUAAUUUAUUGGAACAUAAUCAUGGCCUCCGACAUCUCCACAUAGACAUAAAUAAUGAAACAAAUCUUGAAAAAGAGAUGAAGGGAAAUUUUCCAGCAAAGCUUUAUAACCUUACUUUCAGUGGAAGAAAUUUCAAGUCCAUUGAUAAAAAUAUCUUAAAAGGAAUCAAAUCGCCUCAUCUUCAUUUUGCUCUCUAUAACACCUCAAUCACUAAGGUACCCAAAGAAAUGUUUGAGAAUGCCGGAUCUGUUCGAAAUGUUACUAUUAAUCUCUGGAAUAAUGAUAUAAAAACAUUGGAGAACCCUUCGAAUGGACAUAAACCUGGGGCUGCUAACAAAAAAUUCUUAAUGAGGCUGAGAAUGGCAGGGAGUCACUUGAAUUGUGAUUGCGAUAUUGGCUGGAUUGAAGGCUGGCAGAGAAAGCAGAGACAAUAUCAGGAGGACAGGUGUUCCUAUUUACCUCUGCGACAGUAUAAUUUUGAAAGAGAUGAGAAUAAUGAGUACAGCUGCUGGGAUAAUGGCUGGGAUGAUGAUUUGAGGGAGAGUUAUUGUUCGAACAAAAAUAACAAGUCUGUCCAAAAAACUCUAAAGGAUGAUAUAGAGUGUGGAUGGUCGUUGGCCAUCAGGAGUUUUCAGGUCCCUUGGCUUCUCACCAUUAUUGUCCCCAUUUUUGUACUUAAUACUUACUGAAAUCUUCACACACACUAAUGGAAAAUUUUCAUUGUCUGUGGGUGAAUGGGGUAAAGAAUACAUGAAUAAUAAGCUUCACAAAGCCUCUCAUGUUAAUUAUUUUGUCAAUUUGAAUCUUUGAACAAUUAUUCGGUCUAUUUCUCUAUCUGGCAAUUUAUCGAGUAAAACUAUCUUCUGAAAUUUUCAGCUCUUCAGAUUAUUUGUUAAAAUCUUGAAGAAUAUUUGAAGAAAUACUUGGGUAACAUGCGUGCAGCAAGAAUUAUGUACUGAUUAAGAACUAAUGUAAGUUUCAGAUGAAUUAAGAAUAAAUGAAUUGUGUAGACGAUA